AUGACUCGAGAUUUUACUAGUAAUUUAUCUUUACGACAGUACGACUUUACAACCAAUUCGAAAGACAAUGUUGAUAUGAUUAAAAAAGUACCUACAUUCUAUGCAAAUCAAUUACAAAAGCUAAGACUUGAUAAAAGUAUACCUACAUCAGAGCUUAUAUCAAAACUAGGGAUUGUUUCAAAUCCAAGAUCAGGUUUAGUUAAUUGGUCUAAAACUGGAUUAUUAAUUCAAAAUAAAAUCAAUAAUAUUAUUAGAAAGAAUUUAGAUAGUAUAGGUUUUGAAGAAUUAAAUUUAUCUUUAUUAUCAUAUAAAACAAAUUGGGAAAAAACUGGAAGAUGGAAUCAACCAGAGAUAUUUAAAUUGAAAAAUGAUGAUUUUUUAUUAGUUCCUACAUGUGAAGAAGAGAUAACUGCUUAUGUUAAACAAAAUUUAGAAAGUUAUAAACAAUUACCUUUGAAAUUUUAUCAAAUUAAUCCGAAAUUCAGAAAUGAAAAAAGACCAAGAGGUGGAUUAUUAAGAGGUAAGGAAUUUUUAAUGAAAGAUGCUUAUUCUUUUGAUAUAAACAAGUCGAAAGCAAUGGAGACUUAUAAUUCAAUUUUUGAAUCAUAUCAUAAAAUUUUUAAAGAAAUCGGAUUACCAUAUGUUAAAGCUGAAGCAGAUUCUGGUGAUAUUGGUGGUGACUUAAGUCACGAAUGGCAUUAUUUAAAUGAAACCGGUGAAGAUACCGUUUUCACUUGUGAUAAUUGUGGUCAAGUAUCAAAUCAGGAGAAAACUUUAGCAUAUCCCUCAAAAGAAUAUACUAGUGGUGAUGUAUCUGUUAAAUAUUUCAUAACUGAUGAUGAUUCUACUUUAAUUUGUGCUUAUUAUCCAUCAAAUAGAAUUUUAGAACCAAAUUUUUUAAAGUUAGAAAUGCCAGAUAUAAAUUUGAAAAGUCCAUUCAAUGAGCAAGAAUUACUUGACAAAUUUGCAAAAGAAUCUGAAGAAGAUUUAUCCAAAAGAGUUGUUAGAAUAAUGGACUCAAGAUUAAACUCAAGAUCGAAUUUCCCAGAUUUCCCAAUUAAUUUUGUAAAUAGAUCAAUGAUUACCACCUUAACUGAUAUACCCAUUGUAUUAUCAGAGGAAGGAGAGAUUUGUGGUGAAUGUGAAGAAGGUACUUUACAAAAACUGAAUGCAAUUGAAAUUGGACAUACUUUUUAUUUAGGUGAUAAAUAUUCCAAAGCAUUAGAUUUAAAAAUUGAUAUACCAGUGGAAAAUCAAGUUGAGACAAAAAAUGUUUUGAUGGGUUGUUUUGGUAUUGGAAUAAGUCGAAUAAUUGCUGCUAUUGCUGAAAUUAAUAGAGAUGAAAAGGGAUUAAGAUGGCCAAGAAGUAUAACACCAUGGGAGAUUACAAUAGUUGAGACUACAAAAAAUCCAGAAUUUCAAUCAGUUUAUGAAGAUUUGGAAUUGGUAGAUUAUAGAUUGGAUGAUAGAAAAGAUAUUUCAUUAGGUAAAAAAAUUAAUCAAUCGAAUCUUUUAGGGAUACCUUUGGUAUUGAUAUUAGGUAAAAAGUUCCCAAUUGUUGAAAUUGAAGUUAGAGGUAAACGUAACACCAAAAACCCAAAAUGGAAACAAUUAGAUUUUAAAUGGGAAGUUGAAUAUGAUUCAAAUGGUAAUGAUAUUAAACAUUAUGUACAUAAAGAUCAAUUAAAUCAAGUAUUAAAUAGAUUGCUAUUAGAUAUGUAA